UGCGGGAGGAGGGAGGGGAGCUCGCGGGCAGAGAGGGGGCGACGGCGGCGGCGGUGGCCUGAGGAGGCCCGGGCGGCGGCGGCGGCGGCGGCGGCGGCCGAGGCGGAGACUGGAGAGGUGUGGCUGGACCAAGACCUCCCCCAAUGUGAGCAGGCUUCCUCCUUCCCCCACCAUCCGUCACCACACCUGGGGACAUCUUCAAACCCUGGCCUUCAGGGGAGAGGUAACAGAAGCCCAGAGCCGGGACCAUGUGACGGCGCUGGCCCUCGCCACCGCCGUCCCCCUCACCCUGGCCCCAGGCCCGGCACCAUGAUGUUCCGAGACCAGGUGGGCAUCCUCGCUGGCUGGUUCAAGGGCUGGAAUGAGUGUGAGCAAACAGUGGCCCUCCUGUCACUUCUGAAACGGGUCACCCGUACCCAGGCCCGCUUCCUACAGCUCUGCCUGGAGCACUCACUGGCAGACUGCAAUGACAUCCACCUGCUGGAAUCAGAGGCCAACAGUGCCGCCAUUGUCAGCCAGUGGCAGCAGGAGUCCAAAGAGAAGGUGGUGUCCCUCCUGCUUUCUCACCUACCCCUGCUUCAGCCAGGCAACACGGAGGCCAAGUCGGAGUACAUGAGGCUACUGCAGAAAGUGCUGGCCUACUCGAUCGAGAGCAAUGCCUUCAUCGAGGAGAGCCGCCAGCUGCUCUCAUAUGCCCUCAUCCACCCGGCCACCACCCUGGAGGACCGUAACGCGCUGGCCCUCUGGCUGAGCCACCUGGAAGAGCGGCUGGCUAGCGGCUUCCGCACCCGGCCAGAGCCCUCCUACCACUCACGCCAGGGCUCAGAUGAGUGGGGGGGCUCUGCAGAGCUGGGCCCUGGGGAGGCAGGGCCAGGCUGGCAGGACAAGCCACCCCGGGAAAAUGGACAUGUGCCCUUCCACCCAUCCAGCUCAGUGCCGCCAGCCAUCAACAGUAUUGGGAGCAACGCAAACACAGGUCUCCCCUGCCAAAUCCACCCUAGCCCGCUGAAGCGCUCCAUGUCACUCAUCCCUACGAGCCCCCAGGCCCCUGGUGAGUGGCCGAGUCCAGAGGAGCUUGGGGCACGGGCUGCUUUCACCACGCCCGACCACGCACCCCUCUCACCCCAGAGCAGCGUGGCCUCCUCUGGCAGCGAGCAGACGGAGGAGCCGGGCUCCAGCCGGAACACUUUCCAGGAGGACGGCAGCGGCAUGAAAGAUGUGCCCUCGUGGCUCAAGAGCCUCCGCUUGCACAAGUACGCGGCCCUCUUCUCACAGAUGAGCUACGAGGAGAUGAUGACACUGACCGAGCAGCACCUAGAGUCUCAGAAUGUCACCAAAGGUGCGCGCCACAAGAUAGCCCUGAGCAUCCAGAAACUUCGUGAAAGGCAGAGCGUCCUCAAGUCCCUAGAGAAGGACGUGCUGGAAGGCGGGAACCUGCGUAAUGCUCUGCAGGAGCUGCAGCAGAUCAUCAUCACUCCCAUCAAAGCCUACAGUGUCCUCCAGGCCACUGUGGCUGCCGCUGCUGCCACCCCUACUGCCAAGGAUGGGAGCCGAGGGGAGCCACCGCUGCCAGGUGCUGAACCUCCCCUAGCCCACCCCGACACAGACAAGGGCACCGAGACCAAGGACCCUCCAGCUGCGGAGAACUACCCCCCUCCACCAGCUCCAGCUCCCACCGAUGGCAGUGAGCCUGCCCCAGCUCCCGUCGCCGACGGAGACAUCCCCAGCCAGUUUACACGGGUGAUGGGCAAAGUGUGCACCCAGCUGCUGGUGUCCCGACCGGACGAGGAGAACAUCACCAGUUACCUCCAGCUCAUCGAAAAGUGCCUGACUCAUGAGGCUUUCACGGAGACGCAGAAGAAACGGCUGCUGUCCUGGAAACAGCAAGUGCUGAAGCUCCUCCGCACGUUCCCGCGCAAAGCCGCACUAGAGAUGCAGAACUACCGGCAGCAGAAAGGCUGGGCGUUCGGCUCAAACUCGCUCCCCAUAGCUGGCUCUGUGGGGAUGGGGGUGGCCCGGCGGACCCAGCGGCAGUUCCCAAUGCCUCCCCGGGCCCUCCCACCGGGCAGGAUGGGCCUUCUGAGCCCCUCAGGCAUUGCGGGCGUCUCCCCUCGACAUGCCCUAACCAGCCCCAGCCUUGGGGGCCAGGGCCGACAGAACCUGUGGUUUGCCAACCCUGGGGGCAGCAACAGCAUGCCCAGCCAGAGCCGCAGCUCUGUGCAGCGCACCCACUCGCUCCCGGUCCACUCGUCGCCCCAGGCCAUUCUCAUGUUCCCUCCAGACUGCCCGGUCCCUGGGCCUGACCUGGAGAUCAAUCCCACUCUGGAGUCUCUGUGUCUGAGCAUGACAGAACACGCCUUGGGUGAUGGGACAGACAAAACCUCCACCAUCUGACGGGACCCACAGCCCAGCGCACCCAUAGGCUCCCCGGGCGGCGGGCGGGGGCCAACCCCCAACGGGCUUCUCCGCAGCAGCGAGGGUGGGCUGGCCCAGCUACACAUUCUAAUAUUUUUCUACUCUCUCACCCUUUUAACUUUUGUUUAACAUUGGCACAUGCCUUGCUCACUCCCAGGCCCGUCGAGGGAUCUCUGCUGAGGCCGGGGGAAUUGGGGGCAGCCAGGACAAAGGGGGCAGGGACUGGCCAGCCUGCCUGCCCCUUCCUUCUCCUCCUCAUCCCCACCUGGCCCCGUCCUGCCCCUGCCUCCUCCAGACCGCUGACCACCUGCCCCUCCCUGAGGGCGCAGACUCCCCCAGAGGCAAACUGACCACUACCUUGUGGAGCCUGCUCAGAAUCGUUUGACACUUGGGGCGGAACGAGCAGGGUAGAUAAUCUGCUCUCCAGAAUGCUGUCGAGAGGAGCUGGAGAGAAGGGGUGGGGAGAAGAACCUCUCUCUCCUCUCCACCUUCUUCCCCUUCCCCGUUCCCACCAUUCCCUAAGGACAGGUGCCACCUUCCUCUCGCUCACCCCCCUUUGCCCUGUUUUCCAGAGGUUCUCUACAAUUAAUUUCUUAGGCCUAUUUAAGAUACAUAUUUAUAUAGUUCUUAACGGUUUUUCUCUGAUCAUUCCCUGUCAUUUUUAGAAUCCCCAGGCCUCUCAGCCGAGACAGUGGCAGGGGGAGCCUGAACUUUUUGAGGGGAGAGGGCAGAGCCCCCUCCUCCAGACCAGACCCCCAGGCCAUUCCCUGUUUCCCCAGCCCUGGCUCCCCAGACGCAGAGGUUGAAGGGGGGCAGCCAGGGCAGACAGUGAGGUCAGGAAGUCUGUUGCCUUAACGUCCCCUCCCCCACCAACACGCCCUUCUCCGCCCCAGGUCUGCUUGGUGAAGGACUUGGGGGUAAGGAAUAAGGGAAAGGGGAUUGUUUGGUUUUUGGUUUUUUUCCCCGACCCCCCCCUUUUCUUUUAGCCUUUCCCCAGCCCCCCACUAUGUCAUGACCUCACUUAAGUGGAACACUAUACAUAACCCAGAGAUUCGUCCCAGCCCCAGAGUCAGACAGACCCUGCGGUCCCUAUUCCUAAUGAGGGGUUGUACUGGGGCCCAGGUGGAGGGAGGGGACUUGGGGGUUCAGACUGUGGGAAGCCAGGGUCCCCCCUAUUCCAACCCCUUUCUCCCCCUCUACUCAUCCCCCCCCACUGGGACAUUCUCAAGCUUUUCACACCGAAAAGGAAAAAAAAUGUUAUUUUUAGAUACAUUUUAUGAAUAACUUUUGUUAUGAAUAUGGCUGGUAACCAUUGUGUAUGUUAUUAAAGAUACAAAAUGUUGGGAAAAAACAAAAAACCAAAAAAAAAUUUUAAAGCCACCGCCCUCCUGCACUAUCACCCCAUUACCCAGACCUCCUUGCUCCUACCCUCCUGGUCAUGGACCUCCCUCCGCUCUGAGCCCAGGGAGGGGGAAGAAGCCAGGGGGGUAGGGUGGCCCUGGGGACCUGCCUCUGGGUCCCCACCUCCUCUCCCAGUGCCGGGCUGGGUGGGGUGUCAGGUUUAUUUAUGUACCUCUUGCACACUCAUCAACCUAUGCAAGUCCCCCACCCCGGCCCCUCCGUGUUUCUGUGCCUUUGCUCAUUCCCCUCAAGCUCCCAGGGCUUCUCUAGUCCCCCUCCCACUAGCUGUGGGAAGUGGGAUGGACGGGCCACCUCCUUUGGAAUCAGCAGGGUGUCCCUCUCAUGGGACCCUCGCCUCUCCCCAGCCGGUCCUGUCUUGUUCACACCCAUCAGGGUGAGCUGACUCUGCCUGGCACUGGGAGGUGGCGAGGGACGCCUUCUCACACGCAAAGGGAGGCAAGAGCUGUGCGCCCCCCUGCCCCCACCUGACAGCAGAGUGUGCAGGACGCAGGCGGCCCCACUCUGAUGGGCAGGACUCUGACCCUAUCCUGCUCCAGCCCCCACUCCCCAGGCCCUCCUCCGUGAUUUCACCCUCCCCACCCACUUCUGUCCCCAGCCCCACUGGCAGAAUCAGCUUUGAGUAACUGUACAGUUUUUCUCGCUGUUGGAGAAGACUUAUUUGUUGAGUUUCACUUGUUUAAUGGUCUGGGCUUAUUUUGGAAAAAAAAAAAAAGAGAAAACAAAAAGAA